UCCAGCUCAUGCUUCAUCACUUCAUGAAUCUAUACUACCAGUUACUUCAAAAUGGCCGAUCUUCCCCACAUCUCCAACUGGGUCAAUGGUGCUCAUACCGCUGCCACCACGGACCGCAUCCCCGUCAUCAACCCUGCCAACGAGGUCCCCAUCGCCACCAUCGACGCAACUCCAAAAGAAACCGUCGAUAGCAUCGUCAAUGAGUCUCUUCACACAUUUCGGAAUGGCCCAUGGUCGCGCACCGAUGUGUCAGACCGAUUUGCCGUUCUCUCCACAGCCGCACGACUGCUCCGCUCCCGCAUUCCCGAAUUCGUGGAACUCGAAACCCGCCAGACCGGCCGCCCCAUCCGUGAGAUGCGGGCGCAGCUAGCGCGCGUCCCAGAAUGGCUGGAGUACUUUGCAUCCCUGGCGCGCGUCCACGAAGGCCGUGUGACACCGUUCAAAGGGCCUGUUGUGAACACCCUGACCCGCCUUCCCUUAGGGGUCGUGGCCCUGAUCACACCGUACAACCACCCGCUCCUCAUUGCGAUGAAGAAGAUCGGUGCGGCGCUGGCAGCUGGGAACGUGGUAAUUGUCAAGGCAUCGGAGCUGGCACCGCUGUCGGUGCUGAAACUCGGAGCCCUGUUCCAGGAGGCUGGUCUUCCUGAUGGGGUAUUGCAGAUCGUCAGUGGGUAUGGGUAUGAGACGGGAAAGUACCUCUGUGAGAGCCGAUUGCUAGCCAAAAUCGACUUGACAGGAGGACUGGCCACAUACAAAGCAAUUGCGCCAUCUGCGUCGGCCAACUUGAUCCCCAUCACGGCCGAGCUGGGUGGGAAGGCCCCCGUGUGCUUCUUCCCGAGCAUGGAAGUCGAAAAUGCAGUCAAGGCGGCGCUGUUUGCGAGCUUCAUUGCCAGCGGACAGACUUGUGUCACGGGAAGUAGGCUUCUGGUUCACGCAGACAUGUACGAUGAGUUUACAGCGCUGCUAAAAAAACGGGUGGAAGCCUUACGACUAGGUGAUCCGUUUGAUGACCAGACGCAGAUCGGAACUGUCAUAUCCAAGAUCGCCGUGGAGAGAUGCUCCGCUUUCGUGGAGAGGGCUGUGAAGGAGGGAGGGAAGAUCCUCUGUGGUGGAAAGCCAACAACGAACCCAGAUGGAAAAGGCUUCUAUUUCCAGCCGACGGUCAUCGAAACUCGUCCGCAGACCGAUCUGGAAUGUAACGAGGUGUUUGGCCCAGUCAUUGCGCUCAUCAAAUGUCAUUCAGAGGAGGAUAUAAUCCACGUUGCCAACAGUUCUUCAAUGGCAUUAGGGGCUUCGGUCUGGACGAAUGACUUUAAGCAGGCGCAUCGGGUUGCAGACAAGAUUGAGGCGGGAAUUGUCUGGAUUAAUGGACACCAUCUCAACGACCCAUCAUCGCCGUGGGGUGGCUUUAAGCAGAGUGGCCUGGGGAAGGAGAACGGGUUGGAGGCGUAUGAGAGCUACACGAAGCUCAAGAGCACCGUGAUCAACUAUGGUGUUCCUCCGGUUUGGUUUGAUGAUGAGCCUGCAAAUGCACGCUAUGGCUAGAUGUAGCAUGGCAAUUGUAGAUAUUAGUUUGCAUUUGAGACUUACUGCAAUGUCUCUUCUGCUUCCGGAUAACUGCUAUGUUUUCA